AUGAAGAAAAAAGUGGAGAAAAUGUUUGAAAAAGAAAAAAGAAAAGAAGAAAAAUUAAAAAGAAAGUUGGAGAAAUAUGAAGGGUUGAAAGAUUCACCUAAGAAGCGAGAACGAUAUGAACUGAACCAUUCUCCAUUACUUCAUCAUAUCAAAUUCUGCAAUAAAGAGUAUCUAACACUGGGAGCAGCGUUCGUUAGAGAUAUCACCAUACCAGAUGGUACCACAGUUCAACCAGGAACCAAGAUGCAGAAAACAUGGCGGUUGUUGAAUACUGGAACCUGUAUUUGGAGAGAGACCACACGGUUACGUCUAAUGUAUGGUACUAUCCCAGCUAUCAAGACAGAAGUUUCAGUACCUUGUUUAAAACCAGGAGAAGAAGGAGACGUCACAGCAGAACUACUGGCGCCUGAAUUACCAGGUCGGUACCAAAGUCACUGGAAGUUAUUUGAUAAGGGGAUAGCAUUUGGUCACAGAGUUUGGGUCAUGAUAAAUGUGGUACCAAGAGAAAUCCUGGAACCGAAACCAGUGGAACCAUUGAGAGUAGUAGAAGUAAAAACUGAGGAAGAGGAUAAGGAAGUUUCUAAAGCUGCUGAGGCUCCAGAAGAACAGAGAGUGGAAAGAGAUGUUGAAACAAUUACCAUGACAACACAGUCACCCAUGCCACUGUACCGUUUGAUCCCUAGUAUGUUAGAUCAAGUUGAUGACGCUCAAGAACAAGAAUUGGAAGAACCCAAGGAGGGAGUAGUACGUAACAUCUUACAGAUAGUGGACACUCAGCCGAGUCCCAUCAACGAUCUGAAUAAACUCAAUUCAACUGACUCCGGUACCAAGAUUGAAAGUUUAAAUGUUGACGUAACAGAAACAGAUGAUAAAGUAGAAAUGAAUUUAUCGUCUGCUGUAGCAGCCAUGGAGAAAUUGACUGUGUCCGAGGUCAGAACAACACAAGUUGCUAAUGUUGGAAACAAUCUGUUGUCGUUUGAGUUCUUAGACAGGACUCCACCAAAGCAAUCCCAGACUGCAACACCUUCAAACACUCCUCUAGAUGUCAGUCCUCCCAAGUCACCAGUUCCAACAGCGAAACUAGAAACGGUACUAUCAGCCAGUAGUAGUAUGGAACUAGUUAAUGGUGAUUUAGAUGAAUGUGUACCAUUGUUAGGUGAAUAUCCUCAUGAAAGAAUUCAAAGUUUGGAAUUUAAACAGGGAACAGGGUAUGCAGUAGAAGAUGAUAUAGAAUCGCUAUUAAGUUAUUCUGACAGUGACUCCAGCAGUUCAGAUGAUUUUUUCGUGGUUCCUCUACCAGACUGUUUCGAUACCAGUAAACCACUAACCCGCUCCUCUCUUCUACAACCAGGAGAUGUUGAUGAAAAUCAAAAUGAAGUUCAGUCAUGUCAACCUAGCGUGGAUGAUCUACUUCAAGCCUCCACAUCAGAUGAAGCACGACCCCUAACUCCAGAAGUUACUGCCCUUGAAAUUCCCCGUGAUGUACCAAACGUACAGGCUGUUACCAUUAACACCCUAAAUAUUGUUGAGGCUGUUCCAUCAACCUUACAAAUAGUUCCUGACACUAUUCUUGAAAUUCCUCGAGAUGUCUCCAUUUUGAUGCCAGUAACCUGUGACGAGAUUCCACAAUCGGAAGCCAGUUGCGUUGAGACUCAGACCACUAUUGUACAGAACUCGUCUGACGGAGCUGUAGGUAGUGAAUCAAUGGAAGCUCAACAAAUGGAUUCGUCAUGUUAUGCUGCUGCGAGUGGACGGCCAUUAACAGAAGCAGAGCAUCAGACCCAAGUUCUUGAAGUAGCUAAUGGAGGUUCUCAACCAGCUGUAGAGUGUUCUCAAGUUAAUGGUCAAGACGCCUCGGCCACUGCUGGUGGAAGUGCAGAGCAACAAGAAUUUGCUAAACAAUUAUUUGAUGUUGCCAUAACAACAGCUGCUAAUGCUGCAUCUAAUGCCUAUUUCAAAGUAAAGGAAGUCAUUCAUACUUGGCAAGCUAAAGAUCUGGAAAGACAACAACAAACGCAACAACAACAACAAAUUGCCCAAAACAUCAAAGUCAAGAAGGGGUGGGUUCCUCCAAAACAAGAGUUCAAGAUGCCUAAAAAUGAUUGGACACCUCCAGAAGAUACAUUUCAACCCCCAGAGGAUAGCUAUGUACCUCCCCAAAGUACAUGGACUCCACCUCCUGACAAUUACCAACCACCUACAUCUGAAAAUGCAAGGUUGGAACAGCCCCCUAUGGAACAGUUGAUGUCUAUGGGAUUCUGUAAUCGAGAACUCAAUAAGGAGGUGCUGAAGAAAAGCAAUGAUGACGUGAGCAAAGCGAUUUCUCUAAUACUAGAAAGGAAUCAAGAAGAUUGGUCCUCUACGAGACAUUAGUAUCUACUGUAUGAGAUAAUUUAUUCAUUUUAAACUCAAUUGAAGGGGUAUGGUUGUUAAAAUUUUCUUUCUAAAAUGUUUCUAUUUGAUGUAACCUCUUUAUUGCAAAGUUUCCCAUUGAAAAUUAGUGAAAAAUUGCAAGUAUUUUGGAACUUUUUCACUAGUUGCAAAAGAUCAAUUUCAACUAUCUUUGAAUGAAAAUCUGAAUGACAAAUAUUUAAACGACUAUAUCCCUUUAAAGGAAUAGAAUAUGGUCAGUGUCAGAUGUCUUUGACUUGUAUACCUUUCUGUUUUUCUUGUGUAUCUUUUGGCUUUUUAUUGUAUAAUUAUUUUAUUUAUAAUAUGAAUAGAUAUUAUGACACUCUGUAUUGUGCUGCAGAGCAGGCUCACACCACUUGCUUCACCUCAUGCCGCUCUUAGACUGAGAUUGUGAGGUGCUAUCUCUGUUGGACACACCACAUGGUUUGUAACUUUUGAGAGUCCACAUAAGUAAGCUGUAAUGAUGUAAACAUACAGUAAUUGUUUUUGAAUUGAGAGAUUUUGUACAGUAAGAAGUAAAUAGUGUUUGUUAUAUUAGACUUUCAGUAUACAAAAUAUAAAGGCUUUUCUAUAUAAAAUAUAGGCUUUUCUUAAUAAAUGUGAGCUUUUCUAUAAAUGAAUAUAGUUUUCAAUAUAUAAUAUAGUAUCCUUUAUAU